CAUCCUGCGGAUGCAAGAACGGGCAGGAUGACAGACGAAUGCGAUCAUGAGUCGAUCCCCUGCUUAUUGCAGCCCACAUUGGACUCGGGGGGCGAGCUCAAAAUAAAUCGCGGACUUGGCCUUGCAGAUACGAUCAUCCGUUUGCCGUCCUCCUCCCCUCUCAUACGAGCACUCGCCAGCUACCAUUGCAACAAUAGCCACAGUAGCGUUAAUCCUAAUAGUAAUCGCCAUGUUGUCCCCCAAGGCCGCCACCAUCCUGAACCUAGCCCUAUUGGCGUCCGCUGCCCCCAGCAAGCGCCAAUCCACCGGCUCCGGGUCCUGCACGGAUCUGCACAUCUUCAUCGCCCGUGGGUGGAACGAGGAAUACCCCGGCCGGCAGCAGCACCUCGUCGACGCCGCCUGCAACGGGGUGUCCAGCUGCGACUAUGAGGACAUCAGGUUCGACGCGACCAAUGCCAAUGGUUUCGAUGCCGCCGUGGAGGAGGGCCGCGCCUCUGGUGUGGCCCAGGUCAACGCGUACACGCAGCGAUGCCCCGACGCCAAGAUCGUCCUGAGUGGUUACAGCGAGGGCGCAGUGGUUGUGGGCAACGUGCUGGCCGACUCGGGUCUGACGCCUACUUCGGCCCCGGGAAGCAAGGUCUGCGCCGGUCUAGUCUUCGGCGACGUAAGGCACGUCGCCAAUCAGCCUUACAACGUUGAGGCAGGCUCGUCCUACAGCGCCGAGACGCCUCGCUCCGGCGCCUCGCUCGAGCACUUCAACGCCUUCUCCUCGGUGCUGCGGUCCUACUGCAACGGCGGCGACAGCGUCUGUGCUUACGGCGACGGGUCAAGAGUCAUGGAACCCGGCGCACACACCAACUACUUCGACCUCUACUCGGUCGAGGCGGGCCAGUUCAUCCAGGAUAAGUGUGUCGGUGGGUCAUCUGGCGGUGGUGAUGGCGGCUCGACCACCCCACCCCCAUCCACUGGCAACAUCUGUAUGGCUGGCAAGGUGAAGGCCGGCCUGUCUGACAACUACACCGGCCUGUGCUCGUUUGCGUGCUCCAACGGCUACUGCCCUGAUGGCGUGUGCGAAUGCACCGAGUAUGGCACGCAGGCUGGCUGGGCUGCCGAGACCGGGCAGGAUGGAUGCCCGGCUGCCGGGCUCGACGAUAGUUACAAGGGCCUCUGCAGCUUCAGCUGCAGCCACGGUUACUGCCCCACUGGCGCCUGUGUGCAGUGCUAGGAAACCCACAAGCUUGUAGGGCACAAUGGAUAGAUAUAAGAAUACCGACAUUUUGCCCUGA